AUGACUAAAAUCCAUCCCCAUAUUCAAGCAAAGCAAGAGGACCAUUCCAAUAGAUCUGAGAUGCAAGAGAUGAAUUCAAUUCUCAUGCCAGAACAAGCCAAUGACCAACAACUGCACGUCAAUGCAUUCCAAAAGAGAAAGUUGGAUGGAUGCAUCUCUCUAAGAGUAUUUGUGAUCAUUGCCUUCAUUUCCCUUAUACUUGUAUGCUCUAUUUCUGUGUACAUGUCAGUGUUCAUUGGGUUGUACACCUCGAAUGAUGAGCUCCUUUCCAAAGUCAUUAACAAUGUUGAGGACAAAAUUAUCAUCUUCAUCACUCAACUGUUAGAGAAACUUAGGCUAGCAAGUAAUGUUGGAGCAGAUGUGUACAAUUACGGUUUGAUUGACAAGCCUCAAAUGAGAGAUUACAUCUUUCGUCAAUACAACAACUCUGCUAUCCAAACUGGUUACUUUUUCGCUACUCCUUCCGAAAGAUAUUCUGUGAUUGAAGUGUUGGGUUCUCUAUUCUAUACGUAUCAGCCUCCUAAAUUUCCUGGUAUCAUUAGAGACAAAGUGAGCGGAGAUGGUACUGUCUUAGCUUAUAAUUACACGGUAGAUACAACACCAGCUCAGGUCAUUCAGCAAGGCUUUUAUAACUCGACGAUCAAGGCAGCCAACUUGGCAAAAACUAAGGGAGCCUUUGGAAGCAUCUAUUAUAUUAUCAAUGGAAGCCUAGCUCUUCCCUAUGGAUCCAUGUUGUAUGAUCCCGUGAAAUUCAAACAAUCACCACAACAGCCUGGUCCAGUACAGGGAUUGUGUCGUUGUGCAGUUCCACUGUAUCUGUUGUCUAAUUUUUUAUCUCAAAUUCAAGUGUUUCAGAGAGGUUAUGUUCUAUUGACCGAAUAUAAUAGUACAGUGACUAUUGCAGGAAGUAUUAACACCACCACUGCUGAUUUAAAGAAUACAUUGAGUAUUUUUGAUCUUACGGAUCGAAAUGCAGGUGCGCUCAUGAAACAAAUCUAUUCCCAAUAUCCAAAUACAGACCAAUUACCAGAGAAAGUGAGAAUGUCAAGCAUGGGAGUUUCGUACGUGGUCAAAACUAGGAAAUUUCAAAUGGAUAACCUUAAUUGGAAGUUGUAUAUUGUGGUCUAUGAAGAAGAUGUGACUCUCACGACCACCAUCAGUGUUGUUGUUUCUGUUUGUGCAGUUUUCAUCAUUACCUUGUUGAGUGUUGGUUUUGGUCUCUUUUUGAGUCAUAUCAUUACAACACCCAUCUCGUUUUUGAAACAGCAAUUUGAAUUAAUUAAGGUCAUGGAUUUGGAGAAGGUCAAAUUCACUCAUUCCAUAUUCUCUGAGAUUAGUCAAAUCUACAAUAAUUUAGAAAACACUGUCGAAUGGUUGAAAGAAAUCAAAUCCUUUGUUCCAGAGAAUGUCUUUUUACAAUUACAAAGUUUAAAUUCAAGUUCGAGUGAUUCACCAAGAGAGGAUUCCCCAUUGACAGAGAAAAAACAAGACCAUGAUCACAACCAUUCUUCUUCUGCUCAUAGAAUAAGUAUGGGAUCAUCUUCAGAUGCCAAACAUUCCUCGAAAAUGAGUGAUGAUCUUGCCAAAGGUGUUUUCAAAAUGGGUCUCACUCAAAAGGAAUGCAGUCUCAUCUACAUUACCUUACCUGACUAUUUACUACAAUAUUCUCAAGAUGAUAUCAGUCAUACUUUUCCAAAAAUUAUCACUGCUAUCAGUUCCAUCUCUAAAAUCUAUCAAGGUAAUCUCCAAAUCAUAACCAAUGCAGAAUUUAAGAUUGUCCUUGAGAGUAAAAAGAGACAUGGCAAACGAGUGAGUCUUUUAGCUCAAGAAUGUGCCUUAAAAAUUGCUAAAGGACUUGAAAUUGCCAACUCUUCCAUACUACAACAAAAGAUACAACCCAUUGUGUUUUGUAUUGGAGUAUCCACGAGCUCCUCGUUUGUUGGAAAUUUAGGAAGUAAUAGCUUGAGAUUUUUUUCAUGUAUUUCUCAGGUUUGUGAAAUUGCCAAGCAAUUGUGUUUCAUGGCAAAUCAUUUGAAAGUGAGCAUUUUGAUGGAUGAGAAUACACAGAAAGAGGGCGAACAGAGUUUUGUUACUAGACCUGUGGAUCGAAUGCUUUUAGAAAAGUACAUCCAUCACGCCGCUCAUUCCAAUCAAAUUCCAAUUAUCACAAAUGUGUAUCACCUAGUGAAAGAAAACAAGGUAGAGAAUGAUGAAUGGCUCUAUGAGUUACAGGUAUGUUAUUAUUCGACUGUCGGUUCACGUUGUACUAUCAAGUCACGAUUUCUUGUCACCAUGAUGAAGGCACAAAAUGAAAAUAAUAAUUACAAGGACUUUCAUACCAUGUUUGAAAUUUUCAAAUCUCAUGCCACCACUCCAGCUGUAUUUGAGAAUAUUUGGUCAAAUAGUGUGGUUCAAUUAGAGAGAUUUAUCGAAAAGAACCCCAAUGAUGUUGUAUCUCAAUAUUUGAAAAAUCUUUUCAAUAGAUUAACCACUCAAGACAAAGCAGAAAAGUAUUAUUCAAAAGUGGAUCAAUCUGUGGUUCAAGUAUUAGAAUAG